GGGGAACUAGUGGCUUUAUCCAUCAUGUGACAUAAACAGAUGGGUGGGUUGGGAAGGGCUCUAAACAAGCAGAAACCAUCUCCUAAACAUGAAUAGUCUCAGAGGCAAAUAAAUCCUUUUAAGGCAAGAUUUGACUAAACUAAGCCAUUUUGCUCCUGCUCUAGCCAUUCCACGGGGAGAAGAAACUGAGUCUGCAGCCAGCCUCCCCUUGAUCCUUGCCCUUUUUUGAAACGCCUUUGCCAGCUGGCAGCCAAAAAUAGCUUCCAUUCCACACCAUAUUUGUGCAAGAGACCAGAAGUGACUUGGAAGCCAUUCAGGCCUCCUGUCGUGCUGCUGAAACAUACAAUGCCUUCUCCCUACAGCCACUCAGUGGCAAUGCAUAUCACACAGAUGAAUUGGGAAUGCCUUCUGCACAUCUUCUCCUUUCUGGAUAAGAAGAGCAGGAAGAAUUUAGCCCAGACUUGUGUUAAGUUGUUCAGGGUUUUCCAGGAUCCCUCCUUGUGGCCUCUGCUGCAUUUUCAUUCUCCUGCAGAACUGACCAAGAGCAACUUUGUUCUGGGACCAGCCUUGCGCUACCUCUCCAUCUGCUGGCAUUCCAGCCAAGUCAAAGUGUGCAACGUUGAGAACUGGAUGAAGAGCACCUUGCAGCAGAACAUCUGCAAGACCCAUGAGCACAUAGUCAAUAACUUUUUACACCGAGUUUGCAACAGAUGCCCAAACUUGCUAUCUUUGACGCUGUCUGGAUGUGGCCAUGUCACAGACGAUUGUAUCACGCUGCUUCUGAUGAGCUGCUCCUGUUUGAGCAUUCUCCAACUUGAAAACUGCGUCCAGAUAACUGACCGGACUUUAGAAGCUGUAAUCCUCUACGCUACAUCUUUAGAAAUUUUACAUGUGGACUUCUGCAGGAAUAUAACUGAGGCUGGUUUGCAGCAAGUCCGUAAAAAUCGUCCAUUGCUAUCUCUAAAAGCAGAGAGAAGUGCAGACAUGAUCCCAGACAAACGGCCAGGCAGCAACUGGCCUGCAGAAAGAGCCUCCAAGAAGCUGUUGUGGCACUAAGCCAAGAGAGAAGGUGCUGGGCUGUGUGUUCUUUCUGUUGUGAUAUGGUGACCAUGUACAUGCA